AUGAAGGGUGCGCCGGUAAUGUUCCUCCAGGAUCUUGAUCUGGGUCAGCGCAGCAAACCACAAACUGCAUUGGACGAACUUGGUGAGCUCUGUGAGAAAUGGAAAACUGAUCUCUGCAUAGAAGAGGACGCAGGAGACCGUUUAACCGCCGUGGAGUUGUCUUUUUUGUCCAUCUGGGCAUUUCUGUUCGAUUGCUGGGGAUUUACGCCCAUCCAGAAGGAUUUGGAGAAGUACUGUGGUGCAGAAUCAAGCUUUGUGCCCGAGGGUACACCAAAGUAG